AUGUACGUGAGCUAUCUGUUGGAUAAAGACAGCAGCAUGUAUCCGGGAUCCGCAAGGUGCACCAGCAACAACCUGCCCGUGCAAAACUUCGUGUCUGCUCCAGCCUACUCUGACUACAUGGGAUACCACCCUGUGCCAGCCCUGGACACCCACGGGCAGCCAGCACCGGCCUGGGGCUCCCACUACGGCCCCCAGCGCGAGGACUGGAGCGCCUAUGGCCCAGGCCCUUCCAGCGCCGUGCCCGCUGCCCACAUCAAUGGCUCGUCCCCCGGGCAGGGCUCCUACAGCUCUGCUGAUUACAGCUCCCUGCACCCCACUGCUGCUGCUGCUGCUGCGGGGUUACCGCCUGUAGAUACAAUUAAUGCCCAGCAAAUCUCUCCCAACAGCCAAAGGCACAGCUCUUAUGAGUGGAUGAGGAAAACGGUGCAAUCCACUUCCACAGGUAAAACAAGAACGAGAGAGAAGUACCGAGUGGUUUACACAGAUCAUCAGAGAUUAGAAUUAGAGAAGGAGUUUCAUUACAACAGAUACAUUACAAUCAGGAGGAAGUCUGAACUUGCUGCAAACCUAAGACUUUCCGAGAGACAGGUGAAAAUCUGGUUCCAGAACCGCAGAGCCAAAGAGAGAAAAUUAAUGAAGAAGAAAAUGACUCACUUUGAUGGCAGCGGUCUGGGCUCUCUGCAGAGUGACUCUGGCUCCGUGAGCCCGAUGCCAGGUCCUGACGCACAGACUCAUUCGGAAAUGGCCGGUUCUUUAUUCCCAGCGCCGCCUGCCCCGGCUGCUCUCCCCAUGAGCGCUUUGCAGCACGGAGGAACCCUGCAGCAGGUGGUGGCCUCGCAGUGAGCGAGAGCCACGGACCGGUACCGGAGCACUACAGGACCCAGGGGGGGUCCCCAGCGUGACACAGCUUCAAGGACACUAAACCAAGAGCCACCUGCCAGGUGUGCAGCACAGCACGAGCUGCCAAGGGCCAUGGAACUGCAGGAGUCCCUCGGCGAGAGGAUGCCUGUGCCACGAGGCGAGGAGCCCUCCGGCCUGGGAGCAGCUUGGCACGGGGAGGGAACGGCCACAGCCAC